UUAUCAUUCAGCUGUCAAGCAGUGAACACUGAGGACUGAGAGAACCUCUGCAUUCAGUAUUCUUGUGAAAUAUAGUUGAAACUUUCGAGUGCAUUCGAAAUUGUGUUGUUUCCUGUGUGAAUUUUCGUGAAUAUUCAAGAAUAUAUAUCAUUCUUAGUUUGUCGGUGAGUGCUAAAAAUCUUAACCUCAAACCAUUUAAAGUUACUACAGCAAUGGGAGGCAGUAAAAAGAAUGAUGAAGAAAGUUUGUUAGAAGCUAUCAAAUUUUACCAAAAUGGUUUACUUCGGUACAUGGAAAGAAAUGAUGAGUUCAAAAUGUCUCAUGGUCUCAAUAAAUUAUCGUCUUAUCCUAUACGAAUGUGUCAUCUCCAGGAUACAGGUGUUGGGCGAACAGUAAAUUUACUAGUUAAAAUGGACGGCAAGGUGGGUGAACAAGCUAGGUCAUUAAUUGCUAAGUGGAAACAAAUGGUAGAAGAAGAAAAAGAAGCUCAGAAUGGAGAUUCUCAUAGUGAAGACUCACAAGGAUCUUUAGAACGGCACUCUGAUAGAGGAUCUAAGGAGCGUGAUUGCGAAUCUGAGAGAUCAUCUAGCUCCAGAAGCAGUAACAGUGAUGAAGAUCGACAUAAAAAUAAGAAAUUAGAAUCGGAAAAGGAGAAUAGAGGUUCAAAAAGACAUAGAAGUGAAUCAGAAUCCCAUAAAUCUAGCCAUGAUUCUAGAGGCAGUAAAAGACAUAAAUCUAGUCAUAAUACAAGUGAUGAACAAUCAAGACAACAUAGAUCAAAAAGUGAAAGAGGGAAUUCUCAAUCUGAAAAAUCAAAAACUUCUCGGCUUGAAGAAGAACAUUCUCCUCGGAAUGAUAAGAAACACAGUUCUCAUUAUGAAAAAGAACAUAUUUCCAAACAUGAAAAACAAAAUAGUUCUCGUUAUGAAAAAGAACAUACUUCUCGGCAUGAAAAAGAGCAUUCCUCUCGACAUGAAAAAAAGCAUUCUUCUCGACAUAGUAAAGAACAUGAAAAAAGUGAAAGGAAUGAAUCAAAAAAUGACAAAAACAAAGAAAGUAGCAAGAAAAGAGAUGAGAAUAGUCAGAAAACAAAAGAUAAAAAUAACCGAGAAGAAAAAAAUAAAUAUAAUAAAAAAGAUGAGCAAAGACAGAAAGAUAGUUCAUCCGAUAAGGAGAAAGAUAAUAGAAGUGACAAAGAAAAGGUCAAAAACAGUCACAGAGAAAAAAAUGACAGCAAAAAAGAAAGAGAUGAUAAACAUCAUAAAAAAGAAAAUGAGAAGAAUAAUAGUGAAAAAGAUAAUACAAAAGAAGUUUCUGCAAAAAGAGACAAAGAUAAAAAGAUUUCAAAUAGUCCUGGAAAUAGCAAAACGGAAAAAGUACCUAGCUCGAAACAUUAUAAAACGGAAAUAUCUUCAGAAUCUGGUACUAGUUUUGCAGAGGCAUUAGGAAUGUUGGAAAUGUCUAGAAAGGAGAAAAAGGUGCAUACCAAAGAUAAUAGUAGUUCCAAACCUUCAGAAUCAGUUCGUCAUUUUGGAGAUGUUUCAAAAAAUACGGAGCCUAAAAAGGACAGGGAGUCUGAUUCAAAAGAGAAAAAGUCUAGUUCUAAGCAUAAAAAAUCAGAAAUAUCUUUGGAAGCGGGUACUAGUUCAGGAAAGGAAAGAAAGUCUAAUGAAAAAGAAAAAAUGUCUAGUACUAGGCAUAGCAAAAAUGAAUUAUCUUCAGAAUCCGGUACCAGUUUCGAAGAAGCCUUGGGGAUGAUGGAAGUGCCUAAGAAAGAAAAAAAAUCUGUCAAGAAGAAACGUGAAGAGGAAAAAUCCAAUAUCGGCUAUGAAGAUAGUGAAAUUUGUUCGAGUUCAGGUACAACGUUUGAAGAGGCAUUGGGGAUGAUGGAAGUACCUAGAAAGAAGAAAAAGCUGACAGACCGACCUGUGGUUCGUACUCCAUCUCCAGUUGAGAAUGAAAAUAGAUCUCCAAUCUUGCCACUCCCAAGUAAACCCUUAGAAAAAAUUGAUGUGAACCUAUCUCUUUUGCCAUCUAUUACGCCAAAUUAUAAGCCUAUUAGAGUCUUAGAUUCCCUACACUCUCACAAUGAAACAGAAUUUAUGGACAACUUUAUGAAAAACAAACACCAUAGGACAAAAAUAUAUUCUGGAAAUAAAUCCAUUUAUACGAAAGUGCCAUCCUUGUUCGAUAUAUGCGUUCAACUCCUACAAGUCCACAUUGACGCAAUUGAAGGUACAGGUGGUGUACCUUAUUCCAUCCUCAAGCCGGUAUUGGAAAAAGCCACACCGUCCCAAUUACUCCGGUUAGAAUACUACAACUCGUACUUGACCGAAGAUUCUGAUGAACUGUGGAAGCUCCACUGCCAGAAAGAUUUUAGAAACAAGACAAGGCAAGAGUGCGAAACAUGGAGGGAGAUGUACAAUAGAUGUACUGAUGAAAGAGAAGCUAGGUUUUUGACAUUGACAGCAAGCAUAAAGGAAUCCAAAGAAAAAAGUGUUCCAGUCAGGACAACAAAAAUAGCUUACAUCGAUCCUCCCAUGGCUGGGGCUCGUAGACAGGUGAAGAAUUCCGCUGCACCAAUGGCAAAGGCGAAGGUAGAAGCUUUAGUGAGGGAAAGCAAAGCUUCUUCUGAUGUCGUAGUAACUCAUCAACGCAAAGCAAGUCGUACGUCUUCUGCUCCAGCUCCAAGUACUUCUUCUAGUCAGGCCAAAGUGAAAAAAAUGGCUCCUCUGAUGGCAAAAUCGCUUUCUGCAUUCAAGAAUAGAAGAUACAAGAACUGAUGACUUUUCAAUGUAUAUAGGCAAAUUAUAGAAUUACUGUACAUAUUAUUAUUUUUAAUAUAAAUUUGUAAAUAGUU